UGUGUAUAAAAAACAAUCACCUCUGUCUGCCCAACCCCCCUCUCUCUCUCUCUCUCUCUCUCUUUCUUCUGCCUUUCUUCUUCCAACUUGUUCUUUCUCUCUUUUUUCCUUUAACUUUGAAACUGCACACCAUGACUGCCACUCUGCACAUUAGCCAACACCCCAUUGUCGCUGUAAAGCUCGCGCAAUUGCGUGAGGCCAAGCAAAACUCAAAGGCUGUGCGUGAAUUGAUGCGCGAGCUGUCCCUCUUGGUCGGCUACGAAGCUACUGCCGAUAUCAGUGUUUCGACAGACAACGCGUACUCAAGUCCCUACGAACAAUUUCAAGGUGCCGAGCUGAGCCAGCGUGUUGCCCUUGUGCCUAUUCUGCGAUCAGGCCUUGGACUCGUGGAUGGGUUCUUGACUCUGUUCCCGGAGGCACCUGUCCUUCAUUUGGGUCUAUACCGAGAAAAGGUUUCUCUGCAACCCGUCGAGUACUACAACAAACUGCCUCAAACUCCCAAUGCGGAUGUCUGCUAUGUCUUGGAUCCUGUUAUCGCCACAGGCAACACGGCCGUAGCAACUGUAAAUAUUUUGAAGGAAUGGGGUGUUGCAGGCGAGAAUAUCAAGUUUGUUGGCGUUCUUGGUUCUAAGGCCGGCAUUGUUCAAUUGCAAGAGGAGCAUCCUGAAAUCCAUGUAUACGUUGCAGCAGUCGACGAUACCUUGGAUGAUCAUGGCUAUAUCCGCCCUGGUCUUGGUGAUUCCGGUGAUAGACUUUGGAACACUGCGGUCUAAAGCAUUCGUUUUUCUUCUUCUUUGCAUUGCACCCACAAACCACAAACACAAUCCAUAAAUGUAGUAUUUUUCUUUCUUUUGCUGCUUAUGUGUACAUAACCAAUCGGGCUAGCCACGUAAUAAAAAACACCCAUACCUUUGCAAAUCUCAGAUAAAGUAAUAUGGUGACCCACGUGAGCAAGUUCCUGAAUGAUGAUAAUGCAUAACACCCUCUUGAUUAGGGAUCUGUAUGCGCCUCUUUGUGUGACACCCAGUUGAUGCUAUCAUCAUCAUAGACUGUACAGUACCUGUCAAUUUCGAUAAAUUUACCCGGUUGCUAUGAUUACACAAAAUAUUUCCAACCUAACGACGAUGACAAGCUGUUGGAUCUACAGCACAUACUCCCGGCUUUAUUUAUUUUAUAGUUUAUACUGUAGAAAAUUACUGCUAUAUACACCUUUACAAAUAAGCCAACG